UACAACCGUCUUCUCCCUUCCCGAAUCCGCUCGAAGUCAAAUUCGUCGUUCUCCCUCUGCAGACUGCAGAAUCCCCGCCCACGCACACACACUACACAAACAAACAACAAAAGAAAAACUGUCCUCCGUUUCUCCCUCAAGGUACAAAAAUGGAGAUUGAAGAAGCUUCCACUUCGUCAAGACCCUCUUCCUCUUCCUCUUUGCCGUCACUUGAAGAUUGCAUGAAGCUGCUGAAAGGAGAAAACGAUUCUCAAAGACUCGCAGGCCUACUCUUAGUCACCAAAUUCUGUGACAAGGACAAUCAACAAACCGUUCACAAGGUCUACGAUGCUGUCGGCCCCAGCUUCCUCCACCGCCUCUUACUCACCGGGAUGGGGAAGGGGGAUGGUGGAGGAGAUAAUGCUAAUAGGGAGGCUUACUUGCAGUUAGCCGUGACGGUGCUGGCGGCCUUCGCUAGGGUUCCUGAGAUUGCUGCUAGUGAAGAGAUGGUUUCAAAAGUUCCGUUGUUUUUGGAGGUUAUGUCAAACGUGUCUAGUUCACCUUUCAUUGACGAGUGCUAUGAAUUUCUAUUUUUGGUGUCAUCUGCUCAUGAGGAAGGAGUUGUAGCAUUAUAUGAAUCAGGAGGCAUGAACAUACUGGCAUCUCAAAUGCCCACUUUGCCAGAGGGUUCUCAUACAAUGGAGCUUGCCAUGAAACUCAUUCAAUUGAUGAUAAGCAAGCUACCAGCAGAAAAAUUCUAUGUUGAACAUCCAUCUGAGCUGUCAAAGAUGGUUGCUGCUAUAGCGAAACAAUUUGCUGUGCUACACAACGCUUUGAAGUUUGAAGCGCUUCACCUCCUCUCUGCUAUUCUAUCCUCAAAUUAUUCGGGAUUUCUGAAUGUUGCGCUUCAGUCAAUGGCGGGUGAUGAUUGGUCAACUAACAUGCGCAUUGGUAUUGUUGCUGUUUUGCAAAAUCGAGUUGCACCUGCUGAGAAGCUUCAGGCUCUUGUUCUUGCUGAGCAUGUCAUAUCCAUUGAUGGCGAGGGAUGGCUUAUUGGGCCGAUGAAUUUGCCCAAUGUGAAAGAUUCUUUUCCUGCUGAUCGGUGUAUUCUGCUUGUUUUGGAGUCAUCUAGAGUAGAAAUUGCUGUUCUCCUUAAUGAGCUUGCAUAUCUGAAGUAUGAAGCCUCCAAGAAUUCCUCAUCUGAUGCUGAAACUUUUGUGGCAAAGCAAAGGAAUCUUGGUGUUGCCUUUUCUUUGGUGGAAAAGAUUAUUAAACUGAUCUCAAAAUUAGGGGAUAGUGAAGAGUUAAAUUCAAAUUCCAUUAUUAGCGAGACCACCUUCAUGAAGAUCAUCUCUGGUCUCAAUGAGACUGUUGGUGUAGUUCUUGAUUAUUUGCAAGAUGCCAAGGAACACAGGCAGAAGAAAGGAGAUGACCUUCUAGCUUCAGUGAGGAUAGUUGGGAAUUAUCUUGCCGAAGCACCUCAUGCAUGCAACGAGAAGGUCAAGGAGCUUCUCAGUUAUAUGCUUUCAGUUGAAGGGGAAGACGAGCAUCGUCCUUUUCACUCCAUCUGCUUUUUACUCCCCAUGCUGUGUCAAAUGACAAUGAGGACUGAAGAAUGUAAAGAUAUUGCUUCAUCUGGAGCCCUGAGAGCUGUUGCUGGGUGCCUUAUUUGUUUGAUUGAAUCAAACAGUAAUGGUGAUGAGGAUGGUGGUACAGUAUUCUUGGCUUGUGAUACGAUUUUGAAUUUUUUAUUGAAGAGGGAGCAAAUCUGUUUUCCCUUGGAUGAUCCUAGUUUUAUCAAACUUUUGCAAGCUUUGUCACAUUUGACAGGUGCUUUCACGUUGAUAGGAGUCUAUCAGAAACUUUUCACUAGCAUUACCAUUUUUGCACAUGAAAAAAGAGGAGGAGCCUCGUUAAUUCAAAAGAAGAAGAAUGAUCCAUCUUCUAUUAUGAUGGCAUCAAGCAUCUGUGCGCUAAUACUUGGUUCGACAUCAGAGGAGGCUCUUCUAUGUCAUCCUGAUUUUGACAUUGACAGCCUGAUUAGUCUGUCACAACUCGUGAAGAAAAGUUUAGCUAUAUGUAGUCAGGGUGGGAUGUCUGAUGAUGCUAGCACGGAAGCAGAUCUUUGUGAAAUAGUUACUUCAGUUAACUUGAAUGCAGAAUAUUCAUCUUGGGCAGAUCGAUUUCCUCGUAUGAAAGAAGUAAUUGAGAGAUGAUUCGAUUUUUCUUCGAAUAAAUGUUUUUGGAUCACUGCAUCAGCAGCAUGGCUUUGAAAUUUUCAAAUCUUCAUAGGAUUUUAUUAUUUAAUCUAAGUUCUAAACCUUUUUCUCCUCUCCCGUUUUCAACUGUGGCAUUUGCUCUUGUUCAUGUAAUUUUGUUUUAUUUACACUUCUCGAAGUGUUAUUUUACUGAAAAGAUCAAAAGAAAAAAAUGGGAACUUGGAUGAGGUCAAAGAUAAGACUGUAACUGUGUUCUUUUUAUCAAGUGAUAAAUCUCUAAGUGGGA